CACGGAAUCACUUGUGAUAUGUUCAUAUGGGGGAUUAAAUUUAAACACAUUUCAUUUAGCGUUGUAACUGCAUUAACACUGUCCAGUAGCGCCACACAUCUCGACGACCGAGGCCAGAAGGACGCCAGGUAACAAUGGAGCGGAGCGAGAACAGAACUGUUUACAUCAGCAGAACGGAAACAUUCAGCGCCGGACACAGGCUCUUCACUGAACAGCUGACAGAUGUGGAAAAUGAGAAAAUAUUUGGAAAAUGCAGUUCCGUAAAUGGUCAUGGCCACAACUACAAAGUUCGUGUGACGCUGCGUGGACCGGUUCAUCCAGUCACGGGGAUGGUCUUCAACCUUACCACACUAAGACGCCUUAUGACUGAAUGCAUCAUGGAUGUCCUCGACCACAAGAACAUCAACGUCGACGUCCCCCACUUCCGGGAUACGGUCACAACCUCGGAGAACAUUGUCAUCUUCAUCUGGAAUCAGUUGAAGAGCAAGCUCGAUGACGAUCUCCUGUAUGAAGUGCACAUGCAGUUCAGCGAGAGACACACGGUCACGUAUCGCGGGGAGAACGCGGUCGUGCACUGGUAGUUACAUUAGCCGACCCUGAAGCUGAUCGCGAGACACACGGGCACCUGCCGCGGAGAGAACGCGCACGUCCGCGCAAACUUGUAUCUUCUACCCUGCACUCCAUCGCAUUUACGUUGUACGAAUAUAUAUUCAACAUACCCAGUCUGGAACCCAACAAAGUACAUUAUUGAUUUGUGUGUGUUUUUCUUUCUACUCUCACUGACAAAGGAACACAAAAUAUACAUUUCAUUUGAUAGGGAUGUUUCCAUACGAUCAGCAAAGAAAACAACUUUGGAAAGAUGCAGACGAACUCAGUGGUCUGAUGAACUGUAAUUGCAGAUUUGCACCCCUGUUCCAUGCCAGAAUCCUUUAAAUUUUGGUUCGAGUCCCACUUUUGAUCUUUGGUCUGUCAGAACCAUACGCGUGCAAGUGGAUUCAACCAAGAAGUCUACGACCCGCAUCACAUUGUAGUUUCCGUCUUAUGUCAAAGACCGCUGUUAUUAAGUAAAAAUGGAUCAAAAAAACAUUCUUAAACUUGUAACAAAAAACAUAGCUAUUUGGAUACAACCAGACUGAUUGGUAUUGCUAAUAUAGGGAAAUGAUUUUAGGUUUAUUUCCAUUUAGUGUUGUAACUGUAUUAACACAUCUCCACGACCGAGGCCAGAAGGUACGUGUAUGUUGACCACUAGGUCAAAACACUAGACAUAGCGUGCUGCAGGCGUUCUGUAGAGGCCACACAAUAUAGUUAAUAUUGAGCAAGACUGACUACUUGCUUAACACGUUGGGCGCUUUGGGUGUGCCGCCCCGCCCACUGAUUGUAUCCGUCUUCUUUACCUCACACCUACAUCAGGUGGCACAGGUGGUGGGCCACGUCGUCUGAGGCGCCACAGUUCGUAUGUAGACUUGCGUCCCUUAGUUGAGUUGGGUUCGUGGAUGCCACAGCACACCGACCUAUUCCAUACAGGAAUAAUCUUAUCAACGUCACGUUUGUCUGCAAUGCACGCUCGUUGUUAUAUAUAAAUAUUACUUUUAUUCCUCCAUAUGAGAGUACAAAAACAUGUUGUAAGUUAACGGUGAAGAGGAGAGAUUUUACAUCAAUUGGGAGUCACUUUGGAAGUUGUGCAUAUCAUAUAGUCUGGUUAUCACAGAUAUUGGGAAGAGUUCUUGAUCGUCAUUGGACAGGGUAACAGGAGGCUGACAGGACAGGAGGCUGACAGGACAGGAGGCUGACAGGACAGGAGGCUGCAGACAAGCUCAGUGUCGGAUCUAUCUUGGAGUUGGACGAGUUCCACAGGACCAGUGUUGAUGAGGUCUCACAUUGACACUGGGCGUAUGUCAGAAGAUCGGCGUUGUGUUGAUAUCGAAAAUAUGACAGACGCUUUUUUCAAACAUGGAGAUCUACUGUAGAUGUAUCAAGCAAAUGCGAAUAUUAAAGAUGUUUUAAAAUGCAAAUAUGCGCAGAAAAUGAUUUAACUGCUGUAAAUAUAAGAAAAUGCAGAAAUCUUCAACACAAUUUAGAUGCAGCUGACACAGAUUAAUGGUUAACGUUGGCAGGCACAAAACAAAUACCAAAAUGUUUAAGAUUAUGUAGACAAUGUUCCUUAAAUGUCUUCGAAGAAGAAUUUCCAUUUUUAUUUGUAUGUUGUAAAAAUGAUAAUUUAAGGACAAAUAUGUUGAAAAAAAUACUAUGUACAUCCAAAUAAAUACGAGUUUAUCUCAUUAAUAUCACAUGUGAGCAGAACGGCUAUACGACAUCUAUCUGUAUUUAUAUACCAUGCCAUGCUAUUAAAAAUGAAUCCUUGUAACCGCUUCCACAUUGUCAUGUAUUCUG